CUGACGAUAAUAGAAUAUUAAACUUAAAUAAAUUUAUAUUGCCUUUAGGUAGGGUCAAGGUAAAAGAAGAUACCAACACUGCAGAAUAUAUAUAGCAGGGUACGCGUGUCCUUCUCCAUCAGUAUUGACCUCACCUACCUAUAAAAACAACACUUUGUUUGAUUUUAUUCGUUUCAGUGUCAAGCAGAGACUCUUCCUUGUAACUUCUUCGGAUCAGAACGACGACCUGCUGCUUGCUCUUAGUUGAUAACUGGUUUUAAUUAUUGUCUUUAAGGUCAUCAUGUUGAAAUUCGUAUUAGUCGCCCUAACGGUCGCCCUUGUAAAGGCAGAUCUACCCGAUGGAAGACAGCUUGCCUCUCCAGAAAUCGGUUUGUGCCAUCAGAAAUCUCUCCACGAAACUGGACCAGAUGGCAAAGGAUAUUUCUUCAGUUGGAGAGACCUCGGACUAAAAAACAUCCAAUACGAUUGGUUGGACGCUCGCAACUAUUGCAGAAGGAGAUGCAUGGAAACCGUUUCAAUUGAAACUUCUGUGAAAAACGACUGGAUUAAAGAGCGCCUCGUCAGAGACAAUGUGAAAUACAUUUGGACUUCUGGUCGCAAAUGCGAUUUUAAAGGUUGCGACCGUCCCGACUUGCAACCCACCGACAUCAACGGCUGGUUCUGGACCGGUACUCUGGAAAAGUUGGCACCCAGCACCCAAAGAGAUCAAAACGACUGGUCGCCCACUGGCGGAAUCGGCCUUCCUCAACCUGACAACCGCGAACCCAAACAAGGAGGUGCCCAAGAAAAUUGCCUGGCCGUACUGAACCAAUUCUACAACGACGGAGUCCAUUGGCACGAUGUCGCUUGCCACCACGUCAAGCCUUUUAUGUGCGAAGAAAGCCCGGAACUUUUCAGACUUGUGAAAUUUUUGUAGACGACGACUUGUUAGUUUUAAAUGUUUUUAAUUUUUUUUUUGUACUGUAUUUGAUUUCGACUAAAAGUAACUUUUAAUAAAAAAUUCUUCUAGGUAGUCUA